AUGCUGUGGCAGGCGCUUCAAAGAUUUGGUCAAAAGCUGGUGCGGAGAAGUGUGUUGGAGCUGGGUCUGGUUGAGACCCGUCUUGCCAGAUGCCUGAGCACCCUCGACUUAGUGGCCCGGGGUGUGGGCAGCACAUUAGGUGCAGGCACAGCCAGUGUGGCCCGGGCUUGGAGCUCUGCUUUUGACAACCUGAUUGGAAACCACAUUUCUCGGACUCUGAAGGGGACCAUCUUACUGAACAUGCCUCAUGUUCUAGCAGAAUAUCCAGAUUUCUUUGCCUUAGCCCUUGUGUUGCUGCUCACUGGAUUGCUGGUUUUAGGGGCUAGUGAAUCAGCCCUAGUUACCAAAGUGUUCACAGGGAUGAACCUUUUGAUUCUCGGCUUUGUCAUCAUCUCUGGCUUCAUUAAGGGAGAACUGAGAAACUGGAAGCUCAAGAAAGAGGACUAUUGCUUGACCAUGAGUGAAUCCAAUGGCACUUGUAGCUUGGAAUUUUUGGGCUCUGGAGGUUUCAUGCCUUUUGGCUUGGAAGGGAUUCUCCGCGGUGCUGCUACCUGUUUCUGUGCCUUCGUUAGUUUUGACUGUAUUGCAACCACCGGGGAAGAGGCUCAGAAUCCCCAGCGCUCCAUCCCCAUGGGUAUUGUGAUCUCACUGUCCAUCUGCUUUUUGGCUUAUUUUGGUGUGUCUUCAGCACUUACCCUCAUGAUGCCUUACUACAAGCUUCAGCCUGAGAGCCCUCUGCCUGAGGAAUUCUCCUAUGUUGGCUGGGAACCUGCCCUCUACUUGGUGGCUAUUGGCUCCCUCUGUGCACUUUCUACUAGCCUUUUGGGCUCUAUGUUUCCUAUGCCUCGGGUGAUCUAUUCAAUGGCAGAAGAUGGCCUCCUGCAACUAGAAGCACUGCGACUUCAGUCACCCUCUCCAAAAACAGCUUGUUCAAGGUCCGCGGAGACUUCGGAGGCUCAGAAUAACUUCUCUGUAUCACUUUCUAAACUGAAUUUCACUACAUGCAAUUUGAGCUUCUCUGAAGUGAGCAACCGCAGGGGUUUGGAAAUUCUAGCACAGAUUUAUGGUGAAAUGAAAAAGAUUGGAACCUGUCCAGGGGCAUGCGAUGGUGGUCAAAGCAGAAUGACAUUUUCCAAGGAAUGCAGCUGA